AUGUACGAUAGUUCUAUGUCUGUGGCCUCAGGGGCCGAGGACGACUGCGGGAAGGUCAGGAAGACAGGGGGCGCUGUGGAGGGGAGAGGCGUUACCCCACACUCAUCCACCCUCAAGGAAGAAGAGUUACCCCACAUUCAUCCACCCUCAAGGAAGAAGAGUUACCCCACAUUCAUCCACCCUCAAGGAAGAAGAGUUACCCCACAUUCAUCCACCCUCAAGGAAGAAGAGUUACCCCACACUCUUCCACCCUCAAGGAAGAAGAGUUACCCCACACUCAUCCACCCUCAAGGAAGAAGAGUUACCCCACACUCAUCCACCCUCAAGGAAGAAGAGUUACCCCACACUCAUCCACCCUCAAGGAAGAAGAGUUACCCCACACUCAUCCACCCUCAAGGAAGAAGAGUUACCCCACACUCUUCCACCCUCAAGGAAGAAGAGUUACCCCACACUCUUCCACCCUCAAGGAAGAAGAGUUACCCCACACUCAUCCACCCUCAAGGAAGAAGAGUUACCCCACAUUCAUCCACCCUCAAGGAAGAAGAGUUACCCCACACUCUUCCACCCUCAAGGAAGAAGAGUUACCCCACACUCAUCCACCCUCAAGGAAGAAGAGUUACCCCACACUCAUCCACCCUCAAGGAAGAAGAGUUACCCCACACUCAUCCACCCUCAAGGAAGAAGAGUUACCCCACACUCAUCCACCCUCAAGGAAGAAGAGUUACCCCACACUCUUCCACCCUCAAGGAAGAAGAGUUACCCCACACUCUUACACCCUCAAGGAAGAAGAGUUACCCCACACUCAUCCACCCUCAAGGAAGAAGAGUUACCCCACACUCUUCCACCCUCAAGGAAGAAGAGUUACCCCACACUCAUCCACCCUCAAGGAAGAAGAGUUACCCCACACUCUUCCACCCUCAAGGAAGAAGAGUUACCCCCCACACUCUUCCACCCUCAAGGAAGAAGAGUUACCCCACACUCUUCCACCCUCAAGGAAGAAGAGUUACCCCACACUCAUCCACCCUCAAGGAAGAAGAGUUACCCCACACUCUUCCACCCUCAAGGAAGAAGAGUUACCCCACACUCAUCCACCCUCAAGGAAGAAGAGUUACCCCACACUCAUCCACCCUCAAGGAAGAAGAGUUACCCCACACUCAUCCACCCUCAAGGAAGAAGAGUUACCCCACACUCAUCCACCCUCAAGGAAGAAGAGUUACCCCACACUCUUCCACCCUCAAGGAAGAAGAGUUACCCCACACUCUUCCACCCUCAAGGAAGAAGAGUUACCCCACACUCAUCCACCCUCAAGGAAGAAGAGUUACCCCACAUUCAUCCACCCUCAAGGAAGAAGAGUUACCCCACACUCUUCCACCCUCAAGGAAGAAGAGUUACCCCACACUCAUCCACCCUCAAGGAAGAAGAGUUACCCCACACUCAUCCACCCUCAAGGAAGAAGAGUUACCCCACACUCAUCCACCCUCAAGGAAGAAGAGUUACCCCACACUCAUCCACCCUCAAGGAAGAAGAGUUACCCCACACUCUUCCACCCUCAAGGAAGAAGAGUUACCCCACACUCUUCCACCCUCAAGGAAAAAGAGUUACCCCACACUCAUCCACCCUCAAGGAAGAAGAGUUACCCCACACUCUUCCACCCUCAAGGAAGAAGAGUUACCCCACAACUCAUCCACCCUCAAGGAAGAAGAGUUACCCCACACUCUUCCACCCUCAAGGAAGAAGAGUUACCCCACACUCUUCCACCCUCAAGGAAGAAGAGUUACCCCACACUCUUCCACCCUCAAGGAAGAAGAGUUACCCCACACUCAUCCACCCUCAAGGAAGAAGAGUUACCCCACACUCUUCCACCCUCAAGGAAGAAGAGUUACCCCACACUCAUCCACCCUCAAGGAAGAAGAGUUACCCCACACUCAUCCACCCUCGAGGAAGAAGAGUGACCCCACACUCAUCCACCCUCAAGGAAGAAGAGUUACCCCACACUCAUCCACCCUCAAGGAAGAAGAGUUACCCCACACUCUUCCACCCUCAAGGAAGAAGAGUUACCCCACAUUCAUCCACCCUCAAGGAAGAAGAGUUACCCCACACUCUUCCACCCUCAAGGAAGAAGAGUUACCCCACACUCAUCCACCCUCAAGGAAGAAGAGUUACCCCACACUCUUCCACCCUCAAGGAAGAAGAGUUACCCCACACUCUUCCACCCUCAAGGAAGAAGAGUUACCCCACACUCAUCCACCCUCAAGGAAGAAGAGUUACCCCACACUCAUCCACCCUCGAGGAAGAAGAGUUACCCCACACUCAUCCACCCUCGAGGAAGAAGAGUGA